AUGCAGAAAAGUUAUGUUGCAUCGAGAUGGUUACGAGCUUUACUAAAUAUUCAUUCAUCGUACCUUAUGACGUAUCCCGAUAUCAUGGAACGUCUUAGUCCUGUAUAUGAACUUAUCGAAUCACAUACAAAAAUUUAUCCAAAAUUAGCUCGACUUCAUGGAAAAGUCUUACUUAUUGCUUCACAAAUUAAUAAUCAUAACCAGGGAUUAUCAAAUAGUAAUGAUAAACUUUCAACACAAGCAUCAUUAAUUUUCGAAGAUGUAUCCGAUAACGAUAUUGAUGAUGAUCAAACACAAGAUGAACUUAUACCAAGUCCAUCUGAAUAUGAUGAUUAUUCUGGUUUAUCUGAUGAUCUUGAUCUUGGUAUAGAAAAUGAUGAUAAUGAAGAAAUAAACGAAACUGAUUCCGAUAUUAACUUUCAACAGGAUGGUUAUUCAAAUACUGAUGAUGAUUCAUCCUAA